AUGAGUCGGACGGCUAAGAUGAACACAUUGCGGCUGAAGCUGUUGCAGUUGAAUGAUGAUGAUCUACCGUGUACCUCGCCGCCUGCAACACCAAUUGCAAAGACGCCGACACCGAUUUUCAGAAAGGGCCCCAACGAUGCCCGCAUCUACCAACCCGAAGGCCAUCCCCGCCAAUGCGUGAUCGACGGCGAGAUUUGGCCCCCAAUUUUUAACCCCGAAAAUGUUCGCACCGCCAAGUCGAUGAAGCCGCGCGAGGACGACCUCUUCAUCUGCACCUACCCGAAAUGUGGGACCACAUGGCUGCAGCACAUUGUACAUCAACUCGUGCGCCAGGAGAAGUACGAGGCCGGACAAGGCAAAGAAAUGUGCCUCCAAUCCCCAAUGAUCGAGCGUAUGGGAGCACAGUACACGGAUUCCAUUGAAACUCCAAGAAUAUUAAAGACUCAUUUUGCGAUGAUGAACGUCCCGAAAAGUGAGAAAGCGAAGUACAUAUUCUGCGCCCGCAACCCCAAGGAUUGUCUUGUUAGCUAUUACCACCAUAAUCGCAACUUCAAAAUCUACAACUGGGCUGACGGAUCCUUUGACGCCUUCUUUGAGCUGUUCAUCUCCGGCCAGCUCGCUUUUGGAGAUUAUUUUGAUCAUCUACUUGGUUGGCUGCCCUGCUUGGAAAGCCCGAACGUCUUGUUCCUCACCUAUGAGGAAAUGUGCGAGGACUUGGUCACGGCUGUCCACAGAAUUGGCACGUUCAUCGGUGGACAUGCAGCUGAACUUGUCGAAGACCCCGAAAAGCUGAACGCUGUUGUGGAUGCCUCCAGGCUAGAUUCCAUGAAGAAAGAUCAAGGCCGAUGGUUCCCCCAGAAUAUUUUGCACAAGACCGAAUUCAUCCGGAAGGGGGGAAGCCGCGACUGGAAGAACUAUUUGACAAAGGAACAGAGCGAUCGGUUGGAUACGGUGUACCGGACGAGGUGCGCGGAUACGGCAGCUGAACAUUGGUGGCGUCGAGAGUUGGCAUGGGAGGAUGAGCUCCCAUCAGUCGAAACAGAAGACCUCGACUCGGAUGCUUCAUCCGGCUUCUGCUCACUCCUUGAUGAUGAUGAAGAUCUCUCAAUCUCCCGUCGUAACUCGAUCGUCAUCCGCCCCAGCUCCCGAGCCCAGCUGAAGCUCAACCUCACCCAGCAAAACUCCAACCAACUCACCCACUCACCCAUGUGCUUCCUCGGAGCUGUCGCCAUCAUCGUGGCCUACUUCAUCGCUGUGAUCGAUGGAAAUAUCGGCUCCAUUAACGGUGUCUGGAAA